AACGCGACAUCCGCAUCGUGGGGGCGGAGAGGUAACAGCAGUUUACUGGCAGUCAGGGUGAAGAAAAAGAAACCCAAGUGGGCUAGAACCUACGGAAUAAAUACCACAAAUAAUUUAGGAGGGGCUCUUCUGGGAUUAAAACGUUGACUGCGAGCAAUCAGCGGGUCUGUGCUUCUGAUCUAAGCCAGAGAUGACCACCGAGAAGACUGCAUACGCUCCCAUAGAGGGGUUUCCCACUCCACCCUCGUUUCCCGGGCAGACAGCGUUUCCUGUCACAUUUGACAUGAAUAUGCCAGGCCCAAACAUGUUUGGAGCCCCUGCUCCUAGUGGUUUCAUGGCUCUUGGUGGUCAACCUGCUCCUAGUGGUUUCCUGGCUCCUGGUGGUCAACCUGCUCCUGGUGGUUUCCCUGCUCCUGGUGGUUUCCUUGCUCCUGGUGGUCUACCUGCUCCUGGUGGUUUCCCUGCUCCUGGUGGUUUCUCUGCUCCUGGUGGUCUACCUGCUGCUGCUGGUGGUUUUCCUGCUCCUGGUGGUCUCCCUUUCCCUCCACCGACUGCUUUUGGAAAGGGUGUUCCUGGAGCUUUCGGAACGGCCAACCCCUCCUCCUCACCAUAUUCUCCACCAGGCCAGGGCUUCAAUGGCAACUUCAGCGAUGAUGUUUACCAUGGCGAGGAGGACCCACCACCCUUUCAUGAGAACCAAGACUUUGAUUUUGGAUUAGAUAACAAGAGCAUAAGAAGAGCCUUCAUUCGAAAGGUGUUCUUGGUGUUGACCGCUCAGCUGAUGGUGACGUUUGCCUUUGUGGCUGUUUUCACCUUCGUGGAUCAAGUCAAGGGUUUUGUCUUGGUGAACACCUGGACCUACUUCGUGUCAUACGCCAUAUUCUUUGUGUCAGUUUGUGUGAUCAGCUGCUGUGGAAGCGUUCGCCGAAGACAUCCAUGGAACCUUGUUGCGUUAUCGGUCCUGACUCUCAGCAUGUCCUACAUGGUGGGAAUGAUCGCCAGCUUCCAUGACACUGACACAGUGGUCAUGGCAGUGGGUAUCACAGCAGUCGUGUGCUUCACCGUGGUCAUCUUCUCCCUGCAGACCAAAUACGACUUCACUUCCUGUUACGGUGUGCUUUUCGUCUGUCUGAUUGUCCUGAUCAUCUUCGGCAUCCUCUGCAUCUUCAUCCGUGACAGGAUUCUGCACAUUGUGUAUGCUGGACUGGGAGCUUUGCUCUUCACCUGUUUCUUGGCGGUGGACACACAAAUGCUGCUUGGCAACAAGGAACUGUCCCUGAGUCCAGAAGAAUAUGUCUUUGCGGCUCUCAACCUGUACACAGACAUCAUCAACAUCUUUCUCUACCUUCUCGCCAUCAUUGGGAGAGCAAGGGGGGGCUAAGCAGUAGGAAAGGCAGAGAGAAAUUCUGACAGGAAAUUGCUUUGAGUUAAAGUCUAGAAGUGAGUUACCAUUUAUUUUCGUUUUGUCUUGUAGUGUGCACUGAUCACAUAGUUUGAGAAUAUUUGGCUUCACCCAGUGUAAAUGUUUUUUUUUUUUUUUAAAUAAUAUAUAUAUAUAUAUAGACUGUCUACAUUGUAGUUUGGGGGUUUAUUAAAGUUUUAUCAGGUAUUUGACGUGUUGUACAAAACUUUAUUUGCAUUUAGAAAUCUUAUGCCAGAUGAAAUUCUUAAACAGCAAAAAGAUUUAACACAAAAUGUUCCCAGAGCUUUCAACUGCGUCACACAUUCUUCAUUGUCAGACACAGACGUUGCACUUGUCGUCCAUUGCACUUCAGGACUUCACGGCCAGGUUGGCUACUUUAGUGCAUGAAGAACGUAUUAUGUGGUUAAUACAACUCUGGAAGAAGGUAGUAAGUGGAACUUGAGUUGGGAUCAUUUUAUAAAACCACUAUUUCCAGGAUCAAGAUUAAACUUUCCUGAAGUGUUGAAAGCCCAAAACAAAGAUAGUAAUCAGACCCUGGGUUCUUUGUCAAACUACUAUGUGUCCAACAUGAAAUAACACUUAAUGCUAUGUAUAAAGUUAUUUUUUAAACCUGAUCUCUGUUUUUGGAGUGAAAAAAAUCAAAAACAAAUCCUCCGAGCACUCUGAUCUGUUGUGAUUUGAAAUACGAUUGAUAAUGUUAAUGAUUGUUGUCAUUUGAAAUACGAUUCUUGUCAGCCACCAGAAAGUUUUCGGAGUUUAGUGUCUUAGCUGUGUAACUGGGAGCCUUAAAAUGGACAUAGAGCAAACCGUUGAUGCCUUGGAGCUGGUGCUGGUGCUGAAGAUAAAUGAAGAACUCAGCCAGCUAAAGGAUCAGUUUGAGAAGAUGUUAAUUAUAAGCAAGGAAAUCGGAGACCUGUUGGACGGGAUGCUGAGCUCCAUCACUGACACUCUGGAGGAAGUAACAGGUAUUUAAUGUGUUUGUCUUUGCCACUAGAUGGCAGCUAUAGGGUGCAGCUCAAAGUUGUCAGAGCAGUGGCAAGAUUAUUAGAAUAUUAAAUUGAAAAACACAACUGUUGACCUUAUUGGGCCGAGGAAUUCAAAUCGUCCACUCACAUUAAGGGUCUGCAAAAUGUUUGUGUGAAAUUGUUAAUAUAGGCAUUGCCUUAUUGUACAUUCUGAUUACCUGUCUUUAGUCAUGUAUGUUACUAUAAUUCUAUGUCCUGCUGUGAAUGUUUGUGCUUGUGUGUGUAUUCUAUGUCUUCGUAUUCUAGGUGCAGCUCCCUGGGCACCUGGAUGAAGGUGUGGGUUUGAGCGCCUCCUUGCUCGGCCCUCGCUCUCUCUCACCGUCCUGGCACCAGACCAUGGUCUUCAGUUGGAUUUGCACAUUACGUUUGUUUCGUUUCCUGUAAUAAACUGUCACCCUUGGUUUUUGGAUCUAA